AGCGGCGAGCGGGCUCCUUCUCGCUUUUCUCCGGUUGGCUAUUUUGUUGCUUCUCUCUUCGCAAGCUGAACGAUGUUCUCUACUCGCAACCCUCUCUCCCUUCAUAAUGAGCAGCAGCUUCAGUUUUCGCCUAAGAAGAAAAUGCCCUUGAACGACAAGGAGAACACGCCUCCCUCGUUCAACGCCACCCGGGUCCUGGCGACCAAGACGGCGCGGAAGAUAUUUCGGGAGCCGGGCGCCGAAGCGGAGGUACCUAAAGGAGCAAAGCCGCUUCCAUCAAACAAUGUGCAAGAUGAGCCUCUGUUAAGGGAUAAUCCUCAACGUUUUGUCAUUUUUCCUAUUCAAUAUCAUGACAUCUGGCAAAUGUACAAGAAAGCAGAGGCGUCAUUCUGGACAGCUGAAGAGGUGGAUCUUUCUAAAGAUCUUCAACAUUGGGAAUCCUUAAAACCUGAAGAGAAGUAUUUCAUUUCCCACGUCUUGGCAUUCUUUGCGGCAAGUGAUGGUAUUGUCAAUGAAAACUUGGUGGAGCGAUUCAGCCAAGAAGUACAAGUCACAGAAGCACGCUGUUUCUAUGGCUUCCAGAUUGCCAUGGAGAACAUUCAUUCAGAAAUGUAUAGUUUACUUAUUGAUACUUACAUUAAGGAUUCUAAAGAACGGGAAUUUCUGUUCAAUGCUAUUGAAACCCUGCCAUGUGUGAAAAAGAAAGCUGAUUGGGCCGUGCGAUGGAUUGGGGACAAAGAAGCCGCUUAUGGUGAACGUGUAGUAGCAUUUGCUGCAGUUGAAGGAAUCUUCUUUUCUGGCUCUUUUGCAUCAAUAUUUUGGCUAAAGAAACGAGGUCUGAUGCCUGGACUUACUUUUUCUAAUGAGCUGAUUAGUAGAGAUGAGGGCUUGCAUUGUGAUUUUGCUUGUCUAAUGUUCAAACACUUGGUGCACAAACCAACUGAGGGAAGAGUGAGGGAGAUCAUCAUAAAUGCUGUCACAAUAGAGCAGGAAUUUUUGACAGAAGCAUUGCCUGUAAACCUAAUCGGAAUGAACUGCAUUUUAAUGAAGCAGUAUAUUGAAUUCGUAGCAGACAGACUGAUCCUGGAACUAGGUUUUAACAAGAUAUACAAGGCUGAGAACCCAUUUGACUUUAUGGAGAAUAUCUCUCUGGAAGGCAAAACUAACUUCUUUGAAAAGCGUGUAGGAGAAUAUCAAAGGAUGGGUGUGAUGUCAAGUCCUGCAGAUAAUUCAUUCACUUUGGAUGCAGAUUUCUAAAAGAAGUUAAGACUUUUUAGCUGGUUUGAAGUGACUGGCUAGUGGUUUGGGCCCAUUAUCUUCAAAAUCCUUUUGUGUUGGUAAUGUGUGGUGGUACUUAAGGUAAUCGUUCUAGCAAAUUAAACAGAAAAAUGCCAAAAAAUUAUAAAAUGUGUUUUGUAACAAGCUAUUCACAUUUUUGGAAAUACUAGCAAUUGUAAAGUGGUAUGUUCUGUUAACUAAAAACGAGAUUUGCAGACUUGUUGCAGACUGAUAUAAAUUGCAGCAAUGCUGAUGAACAUGUAACCAUAAUGCCCCAUACAAAUUUUAAAUAUUUACUAUUGUAAUAGUUUGUACAUAAACAUAGCACUUUAAAGGUCUAGCCUAUUGUUUCUCAAAAGGGCUGGUAUUGUGAGUUUAGAAUAAACUCUUUUAGUCUGCAUUAUCUUAAUUUCUCUUACUUACAUGUAAAUUAAAUCAGUGUACUGAAAUGGAAACUUAUUUGAUAUGUGUGUAUUAUUUUGGUGGAGUACUUUGUAUAGAAGUAAAACUUCAUUAAAUUCUACUUUUCAAGC